UUUCUUCUAAUACUAAAAUUAUUAAUUAACAUUCCUAUUGUGUUAUUCAAUUUAAUUUUACAAUAAUAAAUAAAUAGAUAGUUUCCAGUUAUAAUGUUUGUAAUAGUUAUAGUUUUUAUAUUUGUAAAAUAAAAAGUUUGAAUAAUUUUCAAUUGAAUUUGAUAGUUUAACGUUCUGAGCUAUAAAUGAUAUCUAAAGAUAUUGAUACUUGUGUGUGUAUGUGUGAUCAUUUACUUGGAAGUGUUAUCAGAUAUGUUAUCGUGGAUAGAAUGGUGAAUGUGUCAAAGUUACUAUUACUUGAGUAAUAUUAAAGAAGGUAACUGUGAACCAAUACACGAUGAAAUGUCUUCCAUUAUGAAUCAUAUUCUACGCAAUAGUUGGAUUAUUACUUUCUUUUUUUUAAAUAUUAUAUUUAAAUGUAAAAGUGAUAUAUGUACAACAUGUUUAUGUUCUAUCAAGGGUAUGUAAAAAUUCUUAUGCAUUUGGUAUAAUUUUAAUUUAAUCCAUAUAUUGCAGGUACAGAAGCUAUUAUUAAUUGCCAUGAAAAAUUACUUACUAGUAAUAACAUAAUUCAGAUGAAUUCAUUAAUGUUAGAUCAGUAUCAAAAUGUACAAGAAUUAAUUUUAUCGAAGAACAAUUUGACGCUUAUUUCAUCAGCUAUAUUUAUAAAACUGAAGCAUAUGAAGAAGUUAGAUUUGUCUGAUAAUUUUUUGUCCGAAAUGUAUAUUGAUGCAUUAGUAGAAUCUAAUAAUUUAGAUGAAUUAAAUUAUUCAAAUAAUAAAUUGAAAUUUUUUGAUAAUAUAAUAUUUGAUAAAAUAUCAACUAUUACGAAAUUGAAUUUGAGUCAUAAUUAUAUUGAAAUACUUAAAUCGACAAUUAUGUCCACGCCUAUUACUAAUUUAAUUGUUCUUGAUCUUUCUCACAACAAUAUAACUUUUAUUGACGAUGCAUUUUUAAAAGCAUUUGUGCACUUACAAUACUUAAAUUUAUCAUUUAAUAAAAUCACUUCAAUUUCUGAAAAUACUUUUUUGCAACUUCCUGAUUUAAGAAUACUUAUGAUAAGUAACAAUUUCCUCUCGUUAAUAAAUUUUAAUGAAUUGCCAACAAAUUUAACUGAAUUAAACAUAGGAUACAAUAAGAUCAUAAGAUUACUUUCUGAACCGUCUCAAAUUCACGUAGCAAAUAUUAACUUUACUAAUAUUUCUCAGUUAAAACAUUUACAUUUAAGUGGAAAUAAUUUAUCAAAUUUUCCAAAUAUGACACUUCGAAGACUAAAAGUAUUAGAUAUUUCUAAUAAUAAUUUUUCUCAUAUUCCGAUACAUUUAUCAUCAGAAAAUUAUCCAUCACUUAACACAGUUAUUGUCAGUGGCAAUCCAAUUAAAAAUUUAACAUUGUACUCUAAAUUAAAAUUACAAUCAUUCGUCGCAAAUAAUAUUACAUUUGUUGAAAAAAUAAAUUAUGAUACGUUCUUAAAAUUGGAAGCACCUACAAAUGAUUGCAUUAAUCUUACAAUAUCUAAUAAUGAGAAGCUAAUCUUCAUCGAUGAGAGAGCUUUGGAUCAUAUGAAUGCAUGUUUCGUAGAUUUAAGUAACAAUAAAAUUAACUACAUAUCUCCAAAAUUGUUAUUAUCAUCUAACGGUACUCUUAAAAUAAAUAAUGGCAUUAAUUUGCAAGGAAACCCAUUUGCAUGCGACUGUUCCUUACAAUGGAUGUUAAGUGAUCUAAUACCACAACUUUAUGUUAUAAAUCCAAGCAUUUUGAAUAAUUUAAGAUGCGCAACUCCUCUGAGUCUAUCGAAUAAAAGAAUGGUACAUUGGUACAAGUGGAAGAAAAAAAUAUUUUGUGACGACAUAUCUGAAUUAUCCAAUCUUUCAGAAAAAUAUAUGGUACACAUCGAAGGAGUGUCAGAAAAGAAAGUAAUAACAAUUGAAUCUAGUCCUGGAUUAUUAGCGAUCUUAGGCAGUGCUAUCUUAGUAUUAAUCGUUCUUUUUGUAAUCGGAAUUUUAUUGACUCAAAAGUUAGAAAAAAAAAGAUCUCGUAAGAAUAGAAGAUUUUAAAUAAGCAUCAGAUCAAAAAUAUUCAUUUAUAAGAAAAAUAUUUGUAUAAUUUAUAUUUAAUAAAUCUCAGCUUUUUUUUUU